UGACCUGCCUCGUGGAUUCUCCCUUGUUCUGACUGGAACGCGUAGCUUCAAAGCUCAUGCAUUGGUUACAAAUGUUGUUUUUCUUACUCAGUUGUGUCAUACUCUACCACGACUCUACAAUACUAUUUGUUAUACUAGUGGUCCUUUAGGUUGAAAUCUAGCACAGUUUUAUGAUCUUGUUUGGGGGAUAUAAAUAAUGUGCGUAAUGAAUGGUCGCAGCAAAACGUACAGUAGAACCACCUUUAAUAGAACAGAAAGCUGUUACAUUCUGAGUGGCUGCAUUUAUUAUUGAAUCUUAACAUUUCUUUGUGUUGAGUUGUAUUUCUGACCCGUUAUGUACAUGUUAUUAUUGUCUGUGUCACACUGUGCUUGGUCGUCUCUCUGCCCCACUGCUGUACAUGUGAGUGUCAUCCCUUUUUUUAAACGUGUUGUUUCUGCUUUUUUUAUUUAUAGCAGCUUAUAGCACAUUCUGACAGAGCAGCCAUGCACGUUGAUGAACGUGUUCACGUUAACAGACGCAUUCACCUGUGCCCUAAAACGCUGGGACCCUCCUCUCUACAGUAUGAGGCCUCUCCAUGAGGCCGGUGCUCAAUCAGACAGACCGCAGCCUCAGCUGUUCGCCACAAGGUGGCGCUGAAACACGAUGAACACAUUUCUUUUUAAGUUCAAGCAUAUUCACGAUCACAUUAAAGCGCGAUUAGGGUUUACAGACUAACGGUAGCUGUUACCAGAGGUGAGAUAAAAUGUGUUCCUCACCAAUAGAAUAUUUGGUUAAAAGUAAUCAGAUACUAAAUCCGUUCUUUUUUGUCACUUAUUUUCAGCUUUGUGUCUAAUUUACUUUUAUAUAUAAUUGUAUCUUUAUUUUUAUUACUGUUUUUGUACAAAACUAUUUACCUUUGAUAUUAAUAAAACAUAUCAGAUGCUCGUGGCAAGAUGGAUCCUGUAUAGUUUCUAACUUAUUUAAACGUUAUGAUUAACGUUUAACUAAUUUUCCUAUGAUGUCAUUCGAAUUUUCAUUAUUACAGUAUUUUCUUAUACAUCCGUCUGGUGUGUUCAGCAAAACUCCCCUCAGAACGAAGUGUCCCAUGGGCUGUUUCCCGUUACUUGCCUCCCCUCUCCAUCGUCCCACCCCCCUCUGUCUAUAAAUAUCCCAGCCCGCAGGAGGCGCCGCACAGUUUGAAGCCUUUGACCCGAGACGCGUUAUGCCGCAGGUGCGCGUGACGACUGCGACGCUCGUGCUGCUGCCUCCGCUGCCGCUGCUGCUGCUGCUGCUGCUCUCCUCCGUGGGAGAAGUUCACGCGGAGGCAGCCGUCAGACGCUUUUACGUGGCGGCCGUGGAAAUAGGAUGGGACUACGUUCACCUGAACGAAGCGGACCCGGCGUCAGAUCGGAGGGGGAAAUCUAACACUGCUCAAAAGUACAUCAAGGCGGUGUACAGGGAGUACACAGACGGCACAUACUCUGUUCCCAAACCCCGGCCGGCCUGGGCAGGUAUUCAGGGUCCGGUGAUCGUCGCCCGGGCUGGUGACAGGGUGGUGGUCCACUUUAAGAACCUGGCCUCUCAGCCGUACAGCAUCAGCCCUGUGGGGAUCACCUACUGGAAGCAGUCUGAAGGAGCCGGCUACGAUGACUCCACGGCCGGGCCUGAGAAGCAGGAUGAUGCCGUCGCACCUGGCGGGUACUAUGAGUACGUGUGGGACAUCAACCCCCACGACGGCCCCACGGUCAGCGACCCUGAAUGCCUCACCUACUCGUACUCGUCACAGGUGGACGCGGUCAGAGACGUGAACUCAGGACUCGUUGGGGCCCUGCUCAUCUGCAAAUCAAGCGCCCUCACAGAUGAAGGCCAGAGGAGAAAUACAGCCUUCGUCCUGCUGUUUGCAGUGUUCGACGAGACCAAGAGCUGGUACGGAGAAGCUGGAGAGCGGGUGAGCAGAGAGAAGUUCAGGAGAAGUCACGGCAGGAAGGAAUAUCACACCAUCAACGGAUACGUCAACUCCACUUUACCAGGCCUCACAUUGUGUCAAGGCUCGAACCCUGUGUUGUGGCAUGUGAUUGGAAUGGGCACCGCUCCAAAAAUCCACUCCAUUCGGUUCCAGGACCACACUCUGCAGGUGUUGACUCACCGCAAGGUCGCCAUAGAGGUGACCCCCAUGACCUUCAGCACCGCAGAAAUGAGACCCGCUGCUACAGGCCGCUUCCUCAUCAGCUGUCAGCUACAUUCUCACCGUCACGACGGCAUGAACGCAUUCUUCGCGGUGGAGAAGUGCCCCGAGCCCGUCGUGCUGCCGGGACCCGACCUGCGCAAAGUCAAGCACGACUCCUACAAGGACUACAGCGAGUACGAAGAUGACGAUGAUGAGGAUUUGUACAACACGGUGAACGUCCAGUCUAAAAAGCCCCAGCUGCAGGCGAGGGCCAGCCGAGGACAGCAGUUUAGGACCUGGAGGCACUUCAUCGCCGCCGAGGAGGUCACCUGGGACUACGCUCCUCACCUCCAGCCCACAGACAGCAAGCUGCAGUCUCGCUAUUUAGCGGCAGCUCCACAUCACCUGGAUUACACGUACAAGAAGGUGGCGUACGUGGAAUACACGGACGGAUCGUUCACCCAGAGGAAGAACCCGGACAGGGCGCUGUUCGGGCCCGUCCUGAAGGGAAAGGUCAACGAUGAAUUCCACAUCAUUUUCAGGAACCUCGCCAGCCGCCCCUACAACAUCUACCCCACCGGCCUUACCAAGGUCCUCCCGCUGCAGACCGCCGCAAACCAGACGGACCUGCGCUCCGCGGCCGUGCCGCCCAACGGCACCCUGGGCUACGUCUGGAAGCUGACGGCGGACGACGGGCCCCUGAGGGGAGACCACCAGUGUCUGAGCCAGCUGUACCAGAGCACCGUCGCGCCAGAGAGAGACCUGGCCUCCGGGCUGGUGGGAACCCUGCUCAUCUGCAAGUUUGACGCCAUUGACACCAGAGGACGCCUGCUGGGACCUGAUAAAGAGUGGAGCCUGGCCUUCGCUGUGUUCGAUGAGAACCGGAGCUGGUAUUUCAAUGAGAACAUGCAGCGGUCCAGCCAAAGGCCCGUCAACACCACAGACCCUGCACUGUACAAGUCCAACGUCAUUUACAGUAUAAACGGCAUCAUGUUCAGCGGACGUCGGUUCGCCAUGUGUCAGAAUGACGUCAUCUUCUGGCACGUGGCCAACGUGGGCACGGAGAGCAGCUUCCUGUCGGUCUACUUCCCGGGAAACCCCUAUCAGUACCAGGGCCUCUACCACUCGGUCCUCACGCUCUUCCCCAUGACGGGCAUAACCGUUCCCAUGGAGACAGAGCUGCUGGGUGAGUGGGAGAUAAGUGCCUUUGACGGCAGCCUCAGGAGCCGGGGCAUGAGCAUCCAGUACAGCGUCCGUGUUUGUGACACUGGAGACCAGCUAGUUGACCGCGAUGACGGGCUCGAAGAUGAUAUCUCUGACUACAUUGACCAGAUAAACCUGGGGCCGAGAGGGUUCAGACCUCAAGAUCGCGCUGUUUUGGCUCAGCUGUGCAAGAGACUUAAUAACAGCAGCAGUCGGUCAUUGAAUGCUUCUAGCCAAAGGGAAGAAUGGGGCAGAAGUGAAGGAGGAGGCGCAAACUCCAGCAGGGGGUCGGAGGGAGAGAUCCCUAAGGACGUCCUGCAGGAGGUGGAUAGGGAUGGGACUGAAGCUGGAGACACGGCAGGUGGCAGAGGCAGGAGGCAGGCAGAGAGCCCACAGAAGGAGACCAGGGACGAGCUAGAGGAGAGCAACGCCAUCACCCUGAAUACCAGGAAGUCCUCAACGGUAGAACCCGCUUAUUCUAAAGAAAUGGAUGACAUCUUAUCAGAGAACCACAUUGAGCUGGAACGCCUCACCGCAGCCAAGCUGGAGGACGCCAACGCCACGGGUCUCAGUCUAGAGCUCGAUCUGGACUAUGACGACUACAGCCCAGAGGCGAACGACACGUCAGACAUGUUGGACAAAAAAGACCUGAACCCACGAUCUGGAGGGACCAUAUUUAACACUUAUUACAUCGCGGCAGAGGAGAUCACCUGGGACUAUGGCAUCAGAAAGCCGCAUCAGCUCAUCAAACCCAGGGAGAUGCGUCGAGGGAUGAGGAAGUUCCUGCCCGAGUACAAGAAGGUGGUGUUCCGCGCCUACACGAAUAUAGACUUUAAGCAUCCUGCGGACAGAGUGGAGACUGAUGAACACUUGGGGAUCCUGGGACCUUUCAUCAGAGCUGAGAUUAACGACCUCCUCACCGUGGUCUUUAAGAACAAGGCAUCCAGACCGUACUCCUUCCACCUCCACGGAAUCUACGACCGCAGCCAAGCGGCCGGUUUCACCCAAACCCAAACCCCCUUGGCUCCACCUGGGCCACCAGGAGAACCCGUACCCCCCGGAGAGGCGCGGACCUAUAACUGGAAAAUAAAUAAGAUACAAGGACCAACUGACAGUGAAUUUGACUGCAAGACCGGGGCGUACUACUCUACUGUGGACCAGGAGAGAGACCUCCACUCGGGCCUCAUCGGCCCUCUGGUGAUCUGCAAGCAGGGGAUCCUCCACACGCAGAACUCGCAGCUGAAUGUGCAGGAGUUCUCCCUGCUCUUCCACACGUUUGACGAAACCAAAAGCUGGUACCUGGAGGAGAACCUGCAGCGGCACUGUGCCCCGCCCUGCCAGGUCAACACCGAGGACCCCUGGUACCACGACAGCAACACCUUCGCAGCGAUCAACGGUUACGUGGCGGAGACGCUUCCUGGUUUACUGGCCGCCAGGCACCAGCCGGUCAGGUGGCACCUGCUGAACGUCGGGAGCAGCGAGGAGUACCAUGUGGUGCACUUCCACGGCCUGCCCUUCACCAUGCAAGCCGGACAGGAGCACCGCAUGGGGGUUUACGGCCUGUUCCCCGGUGUGUUCGGCACAGUGGAGAUGAAACCCCCCACGGUGGGCACGUGGCUGGUGGAGUGCACCAUCGGCGACCACCAGCUCGCCGGCAUGAGGGCUAGACUGCUGGUUUACAAUCCACAAUGUGUUUUGCCUCUGGGCAUGAAAUCAGGGAGGAUCGAGGAUUCCCAGAUCACGGCUUCAGAACACAUAGGCAGCUGGGAGCCCAGGCUGGCGAGGCUGGACCUGUCUGGUUACAUCAACGCCUGGAUGGGCAAAAAGAGGGUCUCAUGGUUGCAGGUUGACCUGCUGCAGCCCACGCUGCUGCACCGGGUGCAGACGCAGGGCGUCCGAUCCAAGCUGAGGGACAACUACGUCACAUACUUCUCUGUGUCCUACAGUCUGGACCAGGAGACCUGGACCACGUACAGAGGAAACAGCACCAAUCAGAUCGAGGGCUUUGUAGGCAACAUCGACAGCUCCACAGUGAAUGAGAACGCCUUCAUUCCGCCGUUCGUGGCUCGCUACGUCAGGAUCCACCCUCUGAAGGCCGAGCUGAACGCCGCCAUGCGAGUGGAGCUGCUGGGCUGCGAUCUCAACAGCUGCUCGCUCCCCCUCGGCCUCCAGAAGAAACAGAUCCCAGACAGCGGCCUCAACGCCUCGUCCUUCCACUCGUCCCUGCUGCGGAGCUGGAGGCCGAGCCUCGGCCGCCUCCACCAGGAGGGCAGCGCCAACGCCUGGAGGCCACAGAACAACAACCCCCACGAGUGGCUGCAGGUGGACCUGGGGAGGGUCAUGCGCAUCACGGGGGUCAUAACCCAGGGAGCCAAAUCGUUGGGGAUCCAGAUGAUGGUGACAGAGUUCUCGGUUACUGUGAGUCACGAUGGCCGCUCGUGGAGCAGCGCGUUAGAGGAGAGCUCCCUCAGAGAGAAGAUCUUCACAGGAAACAAUCAACCAGAUGAGGAGGCUCUUACCACCUUUGAUCCUCCUCUGUUCGGCCGAUUCCUGCGCAUCCACCCGAGGGGUUGGGUCAACGGCAUCGCCCUGCGCCUGGAGGUGCUCGGCUGCAACACGCAGCAACCGCUCUGAAGCACAAGAUGGCUGCCAGGCCCCGGAUGAGACCGCGUGAUGUCAUGUGAUGUCAUGGCAUUCACUUCCAGAGUAUGAACUUAUCUGUUCUGUAGCUACAACUUUGUUUACAUAACCUUCCCUUUUUUUCUGUGUGGAGGCUUUUAUUACUGCUAUGUCAUAAUGGAACUUUCCUUAUUUUACUUUACUUCCCAUGUAACUUUAAAGUUCCACUGUUGUGUCACCAGCAUAGCAAACUAAAUGGAUGUAAGCUUGUGUACUGUAAAUAUUUAAGACUCUGAAGGAUCUAAACAGUUUGACUGUUCAUUGUGCAUCACUGGAAAACGUUUUGGUUUUUUUGUUAAUAUUUUAUUAGAAUUAAUAAAAUAAAGACUGUUAAUGUG